UGUCAUUUUGGUACAGAGCAGACCGAAGCGCUUAAUUCGACCCGGUUCACGCCAGAGUCUUUUUCUCUGGGGCUUCCUCCUGCUCAGCUAGUCCCCGACCAUUCCUUGGGAAUCCCUGGUACCUCCUGGGUAUCCCUACACUCAGACAGGAAUCAUGUCUUGGGCUGCUCGCCCGCCCUUCCUCCCCCAGCGGCAUGCCGCAGGGCAGUGUGGGCCGGUGGGGGUGCGAAAAGAAAUGCAUUGUGGGGUCGCGUCCCGGUGGCGGCGGCGACGGCCCUGGCUGGAUCCCGCAGCAGCGGCGGCGGCGGCGGCAGCCGGAGAACAACAAACCCCGGAGCCGGAGCCGGGGGAGGCUGGACGGGACGGGAUGGGCGACAGCGGGCGGGACUCCCGAAGCCCAGACAGUUCCUCCCCAAAUCCCCUUCCCCAGGGGGCCCCUCCCCCUUCUCCUCCUGGGCCACCCCUACCCCCUUCAGCAGCCCCAUCCCUUGGAGGCUCUGGGGCCCCACCCCCACCCCCGAUGCCACCACCCCCACUGGGCUCCCCCUUCCCAGUCAUCAGCUCUUCCAUGGGGUCCCCUGGUCUGCCCCCUCCAGCUCCCCCAGGAUUCUCCGGGCCUGUCAGCAGUCCCCAGAUUAACUCAACAGUGUCGCUCCCUGGGGGUGGGUCUGGCCCCCCUGAAGAUGUGAAGCCACCAGUCUUAGGGGUCCGGGGCCUGCACUGUCCACCCCCUCCAGGUGGCCCUGGGGCUGGCAAACGGCUAUGUGCAAUCUGCGGGGACCGAAGCUCAGGCAAACACUAUGGGGUUUACAGCUGUGAGGGCUGCAAAGGCUUCUUCAAGCGCACCAUCCGUAAGGACCUGACCUACUCGUGCCGAGACAACAAAGACUGCACGGUGGACAAGCGCCAGCGGAACCGCUGUCAGUACUGCCGCUAUCAGAAGUGCCUGGCCACAGGCAUGAAGAGGGAGGCAGUACAGGAGGAGCGUCAGCGGGGGAAGGACAAGGAUGGGGAUGGGGAGGGGGCUGGGGGAGCCUCCGAGGAGAUGCCCGUGGACAGGAUCCUGGAGGCAGAGCUGGCUGUGGAGCAGAAGAGUGACCAGGGCGUUGAGGGUCCUGGGGGAACCGGGGGUAGCGGCAGCAGCCCAAAUGACCCUGUGACUAACAUCUGUCAGGCAGCUGACAAACAGCUAUUCACGCUUGUUGAGUGGGCGAAGAGGAUCCCACACUUUUCCUCCUUGCCUCUGGAUGACCAGGUCAUAUUGCUACGGGCAGGCUGGAAUGAGCUCCUCAUUGCCUCCUUCUCCCACCGAUCCAUUGAUGUCCGAGAUGGCAUCCUCCUCGCCACAGGUCUUCACGUGCACCGCAACUCAGCCCAUUCUGCAGGCGUGGGAGCCAUCUUUGAUCGGUCCCUCUCCAGGGUGCUGACAGAGCUAGUGUCCAAAAUGCGUGACAUGAGGAUGGACAAGACAGAGCUUGGCUGCCUGAGGGCAAUCAUUCUGUUCAAUCCAGAUGCCAAGGGCCUCUCCAACCCCAGUGAGGUGGAGGUCCUGCGGGAGAAAGUGUAUGCAUCACUGGAGACCUAUUGCAAACAGAAGUACCCUGAGCAGCAGGGACGGUUUGCCAAGCUGCUGCUACGUCUUCCUGCCCUCAGGUCCAUCGGCCUUAAGUGUCUAGAGCAUCUGUUUUUCUUCAAGCUCAUUGGUGACACCCCCAUCGACACCUUUCUCAUGGAGAUGCUCGAGGCUCCCCAUCAGCUGGCCUGAGCCCAGACCCAGACGUGGUGCUCCUUGAGGAGUGUGCAUCCGAGAGGGACUCUAAGCCUUGGGGCCAGUGGAGAGGGGCCAUGUUCCUAGAAUCUUGGUGGGGUGACGAGUACAGGGCAGAGUCGGGACCUCCUUGGAGUGUCCAUAAACCCUCCAAGGGGUUUCUUGAUAUCCCAAGACGGAGGGGACCCCAGAACCCUGCAAGGGCUGGACCUCUCCUUUCAGUGGCCUCGUGUCUCUGAAUUUGCGUGGGUCUACCAUGAUUUCGGGUGAUUUGUCACCCCCUGCCUGGAACGUUCUCUCCCUCCCCCAGCACAAAGGACGGGUCUUGCUCCUAGGACCUUGCUUCCUUUUCAUCUUGCCUCACUUAGCUCCCCAUCUGAAGAGUGGAACUGAGAACUCCCCCAGAGAUGGGCAUUGGGGGGCAGGCCCCCCAACUGACUGCCAUGGGAUUAGGGCUCUGACAGGCCUUCUUCUAACCAAGUGGGCAGAUGGAGGCUCCUCUGGAAGAGGGAGGGGCUCUGUCACUGUCUCCUGUACAGAGUCCCCUCUUACACUUCACCUCCUUCUGCAGUCAGACUGAAAACUAAAAAGGUGGUGGUGGUUAAGGGGUGGGUGGAGAUGUAGGAACCAAUCUAUUUUUAAUUUCCUCUGAGGGUAGACUUGCAGUUAGACUCAAAGAAGUACUGUACUUUCCCAGGUUGACUAAGAAAUGCCAGUGGUGGAGGUGGGUGUUUGGGAAAGGCAGGGCCCUGAGAUGGUCUGUCCCUGGGGCUCUUCAAGCACCCCCAUCUUUUCCUGUCUCACUUGGGCAGGGUCCUGGGCUGUAAUGGCAGGACGGGGAGGGGUGGUUUGGUGAGUAGUCCUCAGGCCCUUCCCUCCACAGCUCUCCCCCGGCCCUGAACACAUACAGUGUUGGCUGGGGACACAGGACCCUGGCCUGAGAGUUGAGGGGAGAUGGCCAGCCUGCAGAGAUGGGGUGCUGGGGCUGCAUGAAUUUUGCCCUGCAGCUGUUCUCUCUGGGGUUCCUUUCUCCUCUCUCACUCACACAUAAAAUCGCUUUCAAAUUAAAAUCGUUUUCUGGA